UGUUUGACAGCGCAGACAGCCAAAACUUCUCGUCGCGAGCACGACGACGGAGCGCACCAUCAGAGCGAGCAAAACGCGAGCAGCAGAACAAAACGUGAAAAACGGAAAAAUCUUCGCGGAAAGUUUGUUCUCCUCUUCUGUGUUCGGAUUUCCACGGCGUCGAAAAAAGUGCGUCCGAGUGCGUGGAAAGCUUGAGCGUUUUUCCGCCGGAAAGUGCAGUGCAGUGCUGAAAUUUGUCGGGGUUUUUCCUGCUGCGGAAAAAGGAUUCUUUUUCGCUUGACGACGACGAAGAAGACAUCAAUCACACACACAUACACCGACGCAUUUCAUAGUCCGAGACCGAAGAGCAGCAGCAAAUUGAACGAAAAAUGGCGUCGAUAGAUUCGCAGGCGAAAAACCGAAUGCAAGGUUUCAAAAACAAAGGAAAAGACCAGGAGGAAAUGCGAAGGCGUCGCAAUGAGGUCACCGUAGAACUGCGCAAAAACAAACGCGAAGAAACCAUCCUCAAACGUCGCAACGUUCCGCAGACGACGGCCGAAUCGACAGACGAAGACGACUACACCUCGCCGUCCAAUUUGAGCAAACUGGUCGAGAAGGCCGGAAACAGUGACGACAAAGACGAACAGCUGGCCGCAGUCCAGGCGGCUCGACGCUUGCUCUCAUCGGACCGGAAUCCUCCGAUCGAUUCCUUGAUACAGAGUGGCAUUUUGCCGAUUCUGGUGCGUUGCCUCGAACGGGACGACAAUCAGUUGCUACAGUUUGAAGCUGCUUGGGCGCUGACAAAUAUCGCAUCGGGAACCUCGGCGCAAACCAACCAGGUUGUACGUGCUGGAGCAGUUCCGCUCUUCCUGCGUUUGCUCGGAUCGCCCGCUGCCAACGUCUGCGAACAGGCUGUCUGGGCCUUGGGCAACAUUAUCGGUGAUGGUCCCUGUCUUCGAGAUUACGUCAUCAAACUGGGCGUCGUUCAGCCGCUUUUAUCGUUCAUCAAGCCAGAAAUUCCAAUUCCGUUCCUGCGCAAUGUCACAUGGGUGAUCGUGAACCUGUGUCGCAACAAGGACCCACCGCCACCAGUGGACACAAUACUGGAGAUUCUGCCGGCGUUGAACAUGCUGAUCCACCACACCGAUAUUAACAUCCUGGUAGACACCGUGUGGGCUCUGAGCUAUCUCACCGACGGAGGCAACGAACAGAUCCAGCUGGUCAUCGACAGUGGCGUGGUACCGAAAUUGAUCCCCCUGCUAUCCCACGUCGAAGUCAAAGUGCAGACGGCAGCGCUUCGGGCGGUUGGAAACAUUGUUACCGGUUCAGAUGAUCAGACGCAGGUUGUGCUCAAUUGCGAUGCUCUGUCUCACUUCCCCGCGCUGCUGAGCCAUCCGAAGGACAAAAUUCGCAAGGAAGCGGUCUGGUUCCUGUCGAACAUCACCGCCGGCAACCAAACGCAGGUGCAGGCCGUCAUCGAUGCCGGAUUGUUGCCCAAGAUCAUCGAGAACCUGAGCAAGGGUGAAUUCCAAACGCAGAAGGAAGCGGCCUGGGCGAUCAGUAACCUGACGAUCAGCGGCAACCGCGAUCAGGUGGCACAGCUCAUCCGGGACGGUGCCAUCCCACCAUUCUGCGACUUGCUGACGUGCAAGGACACGCAAGUCAUCAAUGUCAUCCUGGACGGAAUUAACAACAUGCUGAAGUUGGCUGGACCGCACACGGAGGAAAUCGCCAACAUGAUCGAGGAAUGCGACGGUGUGUCGAAGAUCGAGGUUCUGCAAAAUCACGAGAACAUCGAAAUCUACAAGCUGGCGUACGAUAUUAUCGAGCAGUUUUUCUCGGACGACACCGAUGAAGCAGUGCUAGACGAGCUGAGACCUGCGGCGGAUGAGAACGCGUUCCAGUUCAACCAGAACGCCAACGUACCCAGGGAUGGAUUCAACUUCUAAGGCAAGUUUUAUAGCAAGCACACGUACACACAAGAAACUGUAAGCAAGAAGGAAAUCAACCUAUAUCUUCCUGAAAACAACACAAAAAGCAAAAUUCACACCCCACUUAUAUGUUGGUAAAAACCCACAAGGACGUGCGCGUGCAGGAUCUUUCAAAAGUCUCAAACAUCGGAUCAGUUGGUUCCCCGAAGUCAGUAAAACCGAAGCUAUAGUAAGCUCUACUAGCGUUUACACACAAACACACACACACAGACACUCCCCUCAAACACUCCACGUGCGCGUGGAACAGCUAAAGAGAGCAACGCCUAGUUGAACAAGCGGAACAGGGCAGGCAUAAAAGCUUGGGAACUAUUACUAGUUUUCACUUAGGAUUUUCUUCAAAUCUUACUAAUGGAUAUCUAUUUAUUAUAUUAAAACAAAUGGAGAAGAAGCAAGCAGCAGCAGCAAACCAACAAAUCAGAAAACACAAACGAAUCAUGCUGAAAGGACAGUUUAGGAAGGACUAACUGACGAACGAAACAGCAAUGCCAUCAUAAGUCAAACACUCACUCACACAAAAAACGUACAUACACUCACAAACACACAUACCUACACAAAGACGCUUAAGCAGGAAACAGAACUCAUACAAAAACACGCGACAUUAUUGUUUUUUUUAUAACAAUUUUUCAUUAGGUUCUUUUUUGAUGGAAAUCAAAAGAAGAAAUUCGAAACGUUAAUCGACUCGUUCGUUAGCUCCUUCUCUUCUUCGACGAUCGAGUGUCUCUCUCUUAGGGAAGAGUUUUUUUUUGUGUCACCAUUUUUAAACAAUUGUUAGUGUUUAUUAGAUUUUUUACGAAAUAGAAGGCACCUAUCCUAUCAUGCUUGAAAGGUAUACCAUCAUCAUUAUCAGUACUAGCAGUAUGUGCCUCGCUCUUGAAGAAGAGAAGGAGGCUAAAUGGGGAUACAUUGUCUUGGGUACAAGAGGAGAAUCUCCACUGUGUUUCUCCCCAGAAGUAGUUAAAAGUGGUGCUGUGUGAUCGCAGUCACUCACACACAGAUAGCAGAAUGUAACUGAAACAUACAUAACAAAAAAAUCAACGGAAGCAUUAGGGAAAUGUUGCUUUUAACUCCAUUUAGCAAAUCGAAAAUGGACGGAGAACUAUUUUUUCCAUUGUAAAAAGGCAUAUUUUUAUAUUGUAAAACAUUAUAUUGAUCGAAAUAAACCAAUGGACUGUAAUUUAGUUACUUUGUUGGGUGUUGUUAGCUCCUAGGCGUUUGUUUCGCAAUAAAAACCAGGAGCAAAACGUAAGGAAAUUGAUCUUGAGUUAGUCCCUCCCGAGGGGAAAACCAACCAAUUCGAAGAGGGACGGUCUGAAGAGCAGAGUCAGCAGAGAAACUUCUCAUAUUUUUCCGAGCCAUGAUAGGCUUUUCCUUUUGAUUUAGUUUAAGCUUUAAUUGUAUAAAAAGAAAGUAAUCGAAAAUGUGAAGAUUAAGGAACACAAGACUCCUACUUAGUGAAAAUGAGGGUCGCGGUUGAUUUUUUUUUGCCCACUGCGCACCCUCGAAAGCCACAAAUAUGAUUAAACACAAACGAUAUAACUCUUAUCAAUUGUGCGGGUGCUUAAAACUGUAAGUGCUGCCCAAUGAAAUUGGGCCAGUCGCAUCCGUGGAAAUUUUUGUAACUAUUUUCACACUCAGAACCAGUUGUAGAGGUUGCCAGUCCCUUGCGCGGGUAGCAGUGGAUUUAUGCUCAUGCCACAGACACACGUACGUGACACGACGCGACACUUUAGGAUUUUUUAACAAAUUUUCGUUCUUUCGCAGCAGCAAGCACCGGCAGUAGGCCGCACGCUGUGCGAAAUGCGAGCAAAUGUCGAAGCAAGCCAAGAAAAUAAGAUAUCGCCUUUUGGAAGAUGAAAAAGAUGAACGCAACGCACUUAUUUUUCGGUGUUCAAAAGCGCCGGGGAAGAAAUCUACCUAAAAGAAAAAUAAAAAAACAAACAUGGCCAAUAAAUCAAAAUUGAGCUGAAGAAAAUUUAAUUUUCAAACCAACACACAGACUUGAUAAGAACGCAAAUUAAUUUUUCGGUACGGAAAAAAAUCGCAGAGUAAUAAACGACAUUACCAUUUUUCUUUCCUCUAAUGUUUUAAGCAUAGAAAACAAACAGAAAACAAAACUACCACAAACGGAGAACGAACAUGAACAGAUGAUGAAGAAGAAGAACGAAAACAAACACACAGACACUCACCAACAUUACAGAGGAAACAGAUUUAUUUUUUGUCCUUUCUGGAAAUUGACGAAUAAAAAAGAAAUCAAAUGCAAAAUAA